AUGGCAGACGCGACGAAACCGACGAUUCACAUCGACGAGGUCACAGGCAAGGACUCCUCCGAUGCUGAUGGCUCCGAAUCAAAGCCUUUCCAGACCAUCCAAUAUGCCUACCUACAACACUCCGAUCAGGUGCAAUACCUCGUCAAGAAGCAAGAAGGCGAUGAGACGGAAGCCACAUACAAGCCGGCAGCCAAGGCCGCUCUGAAGAAGGCUGCCAACUAUGCCGAUGUCCAGAAGAAAAAGGCGAGCAAAGAGAAGGAGCUGGCAAUCCGUCAACAGAAAGAAGAUGAGGAGCGUCAGCGGGUCUAUGAGGAUGCCAAGAAGAUCAUCAUCACCGAAGACAAGAGCCUGCCCAAGGCUGUCAAAAUUCACCUCGCCGAGACACGACCCGAGAUCGUCAAGCUGGGCGCCGGAGAUCGACCCAAAGAUGUGGACUACAGCAGCGCCGGUCGAGGAACACGAGUUCGUGUCAUGGGUCGCGUCCACCGAGAGCGGAAACAGAAAGAGGUGCUGUUCGUGACAUUGCGCGAUGGGUAUGGUUUCAUGCAGUGUGUCUUGACCGGACCUCUGGCCAAGACCUACGAUGCGCUCACCCUCACUCGUGAGACAAGUAUGUUGAUUGUUGGCGAGAUGUGGGAGGUUCCCGCCGGUGCUCACGCUCCGCUCAACCGCGAACUGCACGCGGAUUACUUUGAGAUUGUCGGAAAGGCGCCAGGCGGUGACGACGCCAUCACCAACAAAGUCCAAGCCAAGGGUGAUGCACAAACUUUGCUGGAUAUGCGACAUUUGGUCCUUCGUGGCGAGACUGCAUCUGCUGUAUUGCUGGUCCGUGACGCUGUCGAACACGCAUUCAAUUUGAAAUACCACGAACUUGGCUAUGUCAAGGUCUCUCCUCCUGCACUUGUGCAAACUCAAGUCGAGGGAGGAAGCACUCUGUUCUCUUUUGACUACUACGGCGAACAAGCCUACCUCACCCAAUCGUCCCAACUCUACCUCGAAACCGCCAUUCCCUUUGCCGGCAACGUCUACUGUAUCGAAAAAUCCUUCCGCGCCGAGAAAUCCCUCACCCGUCGCCACUUGUCUGAGUACACGCACGUCGAAGCCGAACUCGACUUCAUCACCUUCGACGACCUGCUCGACCACCUCGAAGAGCUCAUCUGCGGCGUGUUAGAAAUCGUCCUCGGCAACCCACGCAUCGCCGCGCUCCUUAAAGACCUCCAUCCAGAAUUCACCAUGCCCGAACGGCCCUUCAAACGCAUGCGCUACAGCGACGCCAUCGACUGGCUCGUGGAGCAUAACAUCCCCAACGAAAACGACCAACCGCACAGCUUCGGUGACGACAUCGCCGAAGCCGCAGAGCGCCGCAUGACGGACAUCAUCAACCGCCCCAUUUUCCUCACCCACUUCCCCACCGAGAUCAAGGCCUUCUACAUGGCGCGCGACAAAGACGAUCCGCGGGUGACGGAGUCCGUCGACUGCCUGAUGCCCGGCGUCGGGGAAAUCGUCGGUGGAAGCAUGCGCAUGUGGGACUACGACGAACUCAUGGCGGCGUACAAGCGCGAGGAGAUGGAUCCCGCGCCCUACUACUGGUACACGGAUCAGCGCCGUUACGGAACGAGUCCUCACGGCGGCUAUGGAUUGGGGCUGGAGCGGUUUUUGGCCUGGUUGUGCAAGCAGCACACCGUCCGGGAUACUUGUCUGUAUCCGAGAUAUAUGGGCAGAUGUAAGCCUUGAAACGGGGGGCUUUUCUUUCUUUACUUGGGUUGGAAAAUCCGCGCUGUUUGGAGGCAGGAGGGCGGA